AUCUACAGAAUAUGUAAAUCUUACGGAUCAUAGAAGUAAAAAUAGAAUAGUCUUCCUCCUGCUUGGUAGGUGCUCACUCACACGGAGCAAAACCGUGUAUCUAUCAGCUCACUCACAUGAUAAAUAUCUGGGGCUACCCACGUUGGUUGCCAGAUCCAAGAUGGCUACAUUCAGAUAUUUGGAGGAGAAACUAAUAGAGAGACUUCAGGGGUGGAAGCAACGAACGUUGUCCUGUGAGGCUAAGGAAACAUUGAUUAAAUCCACAACGUUGGCUCUACCCCUACAUGUCAUGUCAUGUUUCCGGCUUCCCCUAUCUCUUUGUCGACUAUUAGAUAGACAUGUGGCCCGUUUCUGGUGGGGGCUGAAGAGGGCCAUCCCAAGGUUAGAUGGGUGUCCUGGCGCAAUAUGUGCAGGAGUAAACAUGACGGGGGGAUGGGAUUUCGCCAGUUUGAACAUUUUAACCAAGCUCUUUUAGCUAAGAUUGGCUGGCGUAUUCUCAAUGAACCUCAAUCCCUCCUUGCCCAGGUCUAUAAAGGGAAGUACUUCCCUGAAGGUUCAUUCCUGAGCACGACGGCUCGUUCUCGCCCCUCAUGGGGGUGGCAGAGUAUCAUUUAUGGACGACAGUUAUUGGAGAUGGGUUUAAGAUGGCAGGUUGGCAAUGGCCAAUCGGCCUCUCUUCUCCACUCUAACGGGAUUCCUAGGUACCUGCUCGAUCCCCCUUGCUAUAAUCCGCUGAUCUUGCGAGAUGGGGGUGAUCCCUUGGUGGCGGAGGUCAUUUUUGCAGGGAAAGGGCGGUGGUCUGAUGAUAAGCUUGGUCAAUGGUUUGACCCGCCCACCUGCAGCGCCAUUAAGGCUAUUCCACUUCCGCGACAAAAUGUGACUGAUAAGUUGAUCUGGCAUAACACGGCUGACAGGGUUUUUUCGGUAAAGUCGGCUUACCAUCUGGAUGUUGAGCUGGACAGGAGGAGGGGUGAGUGGCGAUCCUCGCCUAGUUGGAUGGAUAAGCCAAGUUGGAUCAGGGUGUGGAAAGCUAAAAUCCCUCCGAAGCUGAAGGUCGUUGUCUGGAAAAUUCUCAAUCGGGCUUUACCAACUACAGAGGAGCUUAUUGAGAAAAAGGUUCCUGUGCUCCCCCGAUGUCCAGUUUGCUGGGAUAAACCGAAGACGAUGAAACAUCUGUUUCUUUAUUGCCCGGUUGCGCAGGCUCUCUAGGACUAUUCAGGGCUGGAAUACUUGGGGGAAGGUUUGCCUCGGCACACCUUUCCUUUAUUUCUCAAACCUCUGCUGGCACUGAUCCAUCAACCGUCGUUGUUUAUGGUUGUUGUUGCCAUCCUUUGGCGGAUCUGGCGGUCUCGUAAUUGGGUUGUCUUUGAAGGCAAGUAGUUUGGGAUCCCUGCGCUCAUGCGCCAAUUUAACUAACAAUAUGAGGAAUGGGUGGGCUUGCCAACGGACCAGGCUCCUAGGGUGACGAUUCCGUUGGUUCAGCCAACAACUCAAGUGGAUGAUUCACGGUUGGUUUGCAUGUGGGAUGGGGCCACAAGGAGUGGGUCGCAUUUGGCUGGUGGGAUGGUUCUUUUUUACCCAAUGCGGACGCUCCUUUUGGCAAAAGGGGUUCAGUUUCCACAAAUGGACGAGCCGACAGUGGUGGAAAUCUAGUGCUUUGGGAGGCUAUCAUUUGGUGUUUUGAGUGUGGCUUGUCGAAGGCUGAGUUCGAGGGCGAUGCGAAGGUGAUUAUUGAUAAAAUUAAUCAAGCCGA